UAUUUAUUUGUAAAAUUUAAAUAUCUAAGUAUGUAUAAAAAUGGAUUCACUUUAAUUAAUUCACUUAUUAAACGUAAUUUAGAAAGAAGAGGUCUUCUAAAGCCAGUUACUAGCUAACAGUAAAACGGAUUUGCAUUCAUUAUCAGUCGCAGAAGCGCGGAAUCAUUGGUCAGACGUGUUAACAUUUUUAGGUUAUGUUUACGUAUUCGUUUUAUGUUCGAACUUUGCAACAUUUUUAAUCUUAGUGACUAUUUAAAAAGUUUAUCAACAUAAAACAUUAAAUAAUAAAGUGAAUGGACAUGAAAUUAUAACGUUGUAUCGUCUUUCAGCAGUGCAAUAGGCAAUAAAUUGGGAACAAUGAAGCGGUAAGUUUUAUCAGUGAACACAACCGUUGAGUGUUAUAAAUCAUACAAACAAUAGUGAGUUGAAGUGUUGAUUGUGAUAUAAACAGAUAUUUCAGUUGAACGCGCGUACUGUCGCACUGUGCUUGUAAACACUGCACCGCGGGAAUUAAGCAAAAUGAACGGCAAAGACGAGGAUAUACCAAUUACUAAAAUUACGGACAGUGACCGGGUUCAACAAUUGAACAAUGCAUUCAAGGAAGAAUUUGGAUAUUCUCCCGCGUUUAUUGUGAAGGUACCGGGUCGCGUAAAUAUUAUUGGCGAACAUAUUGAUUAUUGCGGCUACCCUGUAUUACCGAUGGCUUUGGAACAAGCUAUAUUAGUCGCUGUAGGCUUAACUGAAGAACUUGAAUUACAACUUAGAAAUGUCAACAAGACAUAUUGUAAAUACAACACAAAGUUAAAUACAUUUGAAGAUAUUACUAUCCAACCUGACGCCGACGGAAAACCGUUUUGGUACAACUACGUGCUCUGCGGAGUUAAAGGCGCCAUGGAAUUCUUGAAAAAUAAAAUAACAAAUGGAUUACAAAUUUAUAUUGAUGGAAAUAUCCCACCAGCUUCAGGAUUGUCCAGUUCUUCAGCAUUGGUGAGCGCUUCGUUCCUCUCCUUUCUUCAUGCUCAAAAUGUUAGUUUGAGUAAAACUGAAUUAGCAGCCUUGUGUGCGGAAAGUGAAAGAUAUAUUGGAACUCAAGGUGGAGGAAUGGAUCAGGCGAUAGCGUUCCUAGCCGAAAAAUAUUGUGCCCAAUACAUAACUUGGAACCCGCUUAAAGCAACGCCUAUAGCUCUUCCUGAAGACGCAGUUUUUGUUGUGGCGCACAGUUUAGCUGAAGCUAAUAAAGCUGCUACGAAUGAUUUUAACAUUCGUGUAAUGGAAUGUAGGCUGUCUGCAAAAAUUUUAGCUGCAUGUACUGGAAUUACUUGUGAUAAUAAAAUUAUCACUCUCAGCCAAGUGCAACAAACUCUUGAUAACACAUUGGAAGAUAUGGUUCGACUCGUGGAUGAGUAUUUACCGAAAGAUAUUUACACGAAAGAUGAAAUCUGCAGUAUUUUAGAAACCAGCGAAGAAGACUUAGAUCAUUCAAUCCUUUCUCCCAAUACGAGACAUUUGAAAGAGUUCAAAUUAAGACAACGAGCGCUUCAUGUCUAUGAAGAGGCAACGAGGGUUGAGAAUUUCAGAAAAAUUUGCUCUCAAGUAGCAGUAAAGGAAAAAAAUAAUCUAGUAAAUGGAACUAACGGCUGCAUCGCUCCAGGAAAGAGCGCUAAACCUGACGAUAUUUUAGAAGUAUUGGGGAAUUUAAUGUCAGGAAGUCAUGAGAGUUUGAGGAAACUUUAUGAGUGUUCUCAUAAGAACUUAGAUCUUUUAGUCGACACAUCCAAAGAAGUAGGUGUUCACGCUAGGUUAACAGGAGCAGGCUGGGGAGGGUGUGUUGUAGCUCUAUGCCCUAUGGAGAAAGUUGAUAUGUAUGUCGAGACUCUUGUAAAUGAAUUCUAUGUAAAACAUUGUAAUGUAGAUAAGGUUACCGCACGUUCACACGUAUUUGCAACAACACCGUGCCAUGGCGCCGUGAUAUACACACAUUAAAUUUCUUUACUUUGUUACCAUAAUCGUUUGGACCGUUAUGUAUAGUACUCGGCAGUAAAUAUCACACGUUUGCUGUAUAAACAGCCACAUAUAUAAUUAAGUUCGGCUUCGUAUGAUUCGGCUUUAUAAUUUACAUCUAUGAGACGUUCUGUUUCUGGCUUGCCAAUUCCUUUUCUCUAUUUCGAUAUAUUAUAUACUGCCCAGUACUAAUAUUACCUAUACUCGUAUAUUGUACGCAUAAUUUAUCGAUUUCCCGAUUGCUUUUCCUCUAAUUCGAUGUGUAUUAUUUACUGCUGAUUACUGUAUUUCAUUAUUCAAAUAUUAUACUUUACGCCUUAUUUAUUGAUUUGCCGAUGGCUCCACAGGUAAAUUUAUUUACGAUUAUUUACUUACAACUUAGGUACCUAUAGGUAUUCUCUAGUAUCUAGCAUAUAAACCGAAUGUGAAAUUAAAUUGCGUUUUCUAAAGACAUAAGAUUGAAAGGCAUUUAUAAAUCAACAAAACUACAUUCAAAAGCAUUGUAUUUAUAAACCUUUGUCUCACAAAGGCAAACAAUUGCAAACCGUGACAAUACAUUCCUCGGAAAUCCUUAACAUGGCCAUACAGUCAAUGUGAAAUCUGACAAUGAUUAUAAUUACUGCCUCGGUGGCGUAGUUAUAUUACGGUAUCGUCGCAGUGCUGAUGUCCGAGGUUCGACCCCGAGUCAAGCAAAGCGAUAUUGGGUUUUUCUACUCAGUAUCAGUCCGGAGACUGAAAUUUGUACCCGAUAGGCUCGCCUCCUAUCACAUUUUGGGACGGAAUACACACAGCGCAAAUAAGGUACACCAGUUACACCUCUGCCUACUCCUUCGGGGAUAAAAGGUGUUUGCGUGCGUGAUUAUAAUUACCUACAACAUAAAAAAAAAUAGUUUAGGUGUAUUCUGUAUUCUAUGUAAUUCCUAUCUAAGUACCUACGUUUUACAAAAUCUUCAAAUAAAUUGCUGAUAUUGAUUAUACAAGUGGCUAACCGGUUUCGCAAACUUAAGAUUUUUGUAACAUAUCUUCUUUAGAAACUAAAUCGAAAUUGCAAAUUGGCCUUAUAUCGCAACAAAUUUUUUGUACCUUCAUUAAAAAAUCUUGUAACACCUUUUCUUCUGGAAUUCAAUGUCCCUAUAACCCAGGCUCAAUGCGUGCCCUUGUCCUUGGUCUCUUUUUCUUUUUGUAAUCCAGGUAAGUAAAUUAAAAAUAGAAUGCAAGUUAUUAUUUAAUUCCAACGGAUGCGUGUGUCAUCCGUCGUCAAACUAGUUUGUAGCGACAUUGAAAAUGUUAUUUUCAACUUUAACUUCAUUGGAUAGAACCCAAAAUCUGUUGUCAAGAGCAUACAAGCCCCAAUACUCAUACUCGGACAUAGUCGGGUAGCGAUUAAAUUAUAUAAGAAAAAUGCAAAUAAGCCGCACUAAGUGGUUUCCGGCAUUCUGCACUGACCCUUACAGUUUUGGCAAAUAAUCAUACUGAGCCUGUAUAAUGUAUGUUCGCUAUUGUUUUUAUGGUUGAUUGAAAUAAUGGGUGCUAAACUUAAACGCUAGUCAAUCUUGUCACAAUUAGUUCAAUUUUCAAUAAACGAUCUUAAUCUUAAUCUCCAUUGAAAAUAAGUAAUUUGAAAGUGUAAAGUGUUCUAAUUGGUCCAUUUUCACGAUUGAUCUAAAUAAUAAUAAUUAAGAUCGUUUAUUGAAAAUUGCGUUUAAUCGACUUUAUAAAACAAUAUAGUGAACUUCUUAUGGAAUUAACAAAUACUAUGUAUAAUAUUAAGUAAAUACGUAUAAUGUAGACCUAAGUAUCUAUUAUAAUUAUUUUACGGGGCAGUAUAGGUGACCAUAAUAUUAUGUACCGAUCUAUUGGACGUAGGUACAAUCCCAGAUCAUACGGAAAUGUAAGGAAAGAACUGGGAGUAAGUUCACUAACUAGGUGCAUUUAUAUAGAGGGGAACUUAUAUACUUAACUUGGGAUUCAAAAUUACUAUUUUAUGUAAAAAAAAAAUGUACGUAUCUACUUUAUGAAAUAAAACGAAUUAAAUAA